CCAAGCGAAUCCAACAUGCCAUCACCUGCUUAUCCCAUCGCUCUUGUGGCUCUCAUUGGGUCCGCGCUCGCAGACAUCCACAAUGUCAAUCUUCCCUCGAACUUCUUCGAUGGUCCACAGAGCGGUAUUGGAUCAUGGUACCGUGCCUCUGCCGGCCAAGACUCGACAAACGGCAAGAGCUGGUGUGCGUACACGUACUAUAACAGCGAUCCUGUCUUUGCUGUGUCCCUAAAAGCGAUGGGCGGCAAGACCUACAAUUCGGACCCAGCGGGUUGGAAGGCAGCAACGCAAAAGUACUGUGGUCUCGAGGCGACUGUUAAGGAUCCCAAAACUGGCAAGCAAAUGCUUAUGUACAUUGGCGACGCAUUUGAUGAUAAAUAUGUCCUUGUAAGUGAUCUCCUCGAGUACUAUUUCGCAAGAUCACUUAGUAACACGGUUCAUCAGUCGCCGGGGUCUAUCGACAUCAUGAUCGACGCCUUCUCGAACAUCCACGGGAACCCCAACGGUAACAAGAACGACGUCAUCAAGGGUGUGGAGUGGCAGCUUACAGGACGCGUCAACACAAAGUAUGCUGCGGAUGGCGCCGUAUGGCCAACAAAAGCUGGAGCAGCACCAACGACUCCUGCUCCUACAAAGAUGCAGACUUCUGCUUCACCGAAACCGUCUGCCUCUCCACCUGGUGGUGGCGAAGAUGUACCGGAUGGACCUGUAGUGCUUCGUCGCCGUGCCAGAAACCAAACACGUGUGUAA